AAACACUGGUUAGCCAAUCUGGGGCAAGAUGUCCAAAAAUCAGGGAAUAAAUCUCCAAAACCUACCGUCUGAAACUUAGCUGUGGUGUGGCACACUUCUAGUUCCUGAAGCUGGUAUAGCAGUGCACCCCCACCAGUACAACUUAUAAGGCCUUCAAUCCUACUAGAGAACACAAACACAUUGAUUAAACAAGUGUUAGUGUUUCCUAAAGUCUGGAAGGACCUACCAAGUAACAAUGAAUGGGGUUUUCUAUUCUAUUAUAUUUUUAGAAAAAUGCUGAUUCACAUAAAAGUAAAUGUGGGAAUUACAUAAUACUGCCACCUUCUACCUGAGCUGUAAGAGCACAUACUUUUCUUGAGUGCCAGCUGUUUUAGACUAAAACUCUGAGGACUGGAACUAGCUUGAAGCAGAAGAUUCUGAGUACUCUUGUGACAGAUUAAGCCAAAGAAAAUGCGGGCUUCUCAGCUCAGCCCUGGCCGUUCCUGCUCAACCUGUUUUUGUUUCACAAUGUUCUGAAAGAAAACCGACUGUCUAAAGUCAGUAACUGUCAGACUCACUAAACCUCUGAUAACAUUAGACAAUUAUCAUCUUGUUUCGGGGGAUCAUCAGCUAACUUUUCCUCAUCGUAUCACUCCACAGUCAUGCCAAGAUAUUUCAAAGUGAAAACCAUCAUUAUCACAGUAACCCUGUUGCUGGGAAUGAUUUUAAUGGUUGCUUAUUUUAAAGAACCUCAAAGUGCUUUUCCAACUGAUUAUUUCACCAACACCGAUCUAAAAUAUAUAUAUGUCAAUAGAGAAAAAGAAGAAAAUUCCAUCACCCCAGACCAAGAAUCUCUACCACCAAAAUGUGAGCCAAAUAUGGACGCGAGAAAAGUCUGGAACUUUAGCUCUCUUUCCGAUCAGAUUCAAGACUUCCUUUACUAUCGUCACUGUCGCAAUUUUCCUAUAAUAUUGGAUCUGCCUUACAAAUGUGGACGACCUAAUAAGCCCAUUGACAUUUUUCUAUUGCUAGUCAUUAAAAGUCCCCCCAAGAACUAUGAACAACGAGAGGUGCUGCGCAAGACCUGGGCUAAGGAGAGGUCACAUAAUGGGAAGAAGAUUCGAACGAUCUUCAUUACAGGAACAGAAGGUGAUGGAUUUGAGAAAAAGAGGCUGAACAAACUCCUUGUUCUAGAACACAAACAACAUAGAGACAUUCUCCAGUGGGACUUCAGAGAAUCAUUUUUCAACCUGACUCUAAAGCAGAUCCUUUUUCUGGAGUGGAUGAACAGACGCUGUCCCCAUGCUCGUUUCCUGCUAAAUGGUGAUGAUGAUGUCUUCGCCCACACAGACAACAUGGUUCAGUAUCUUCAGAGCCUCGAGGACAACAACGGAACCAAGCAUCUCUUUACUGGACAUGUCAUCAAAAAUGCAAGUGCCAACAGAAAGCCGAAUAGCAAGUACUUUGUUCCACUUCAAGUGUAUAAAGAAAGAUCUUACCCCGCAUACUGCGGAGGUGCGGGCUACCUCAUGUCUGGCUACACCGCUUCAGUCAUUUACGAAAAGUCAAAAUCUGUUGAAAUUAUUCCUAUUGAUGAUGUCUACGUGGGAAUGUGUUUGGCUGCGGCAGAACUUAAACCAAACCCUCAUAUUGGAGUGAGAACACUUGCAUGGUACAUUCCCUCCAAAAUGAUUGAUAAGUAUGACCCUUGUUUCAUCAAAGAACUGCUUCUAAUUCACAAAUUCCCUCCAGCUAAGUUAUAUAUUAUGUGGGAUGAGGUACACAACCCCAAACUCAAGUGUGGAGUCCAAUUGUUAAAUUGGUGGAAUCCCUUUAUUCUUAAGAGCGUAGUUUAAUGCCGUGUCUUGCACCGCACCUUGGGUUGAGCCACAGUAAAAUGUGCUUGAUAAAUACAUUUGACCUUGAUCUUUGAGACAUUUUCAUAAGAUGUUGAAGGUUGAAUAUGGAGCAUUUUAUUAAAAAGCUAUAUUUAAAAAAAAUAAUACCUCCACAGGGCAUUUUGAGGUGUGCAGAAUGAAAUUACAAUAUUUCCUUUAAAAGCCCUAUUUUAAGUAAAAAAAAUAAUCAAAUACUUCUUUCGACGGGCACGACACUGGGUUUGUGUUUACAUCAACCAGCCAGUAGAGGGUGCCAUUGCGGGUUGCCAAACAGUCCGCUCACCACAGCAAGGAUGGCACUGCGGAAAAUGGCGGACUCGGCAAGUCAAGCAGCCGCUUCUGAGCCCAGAAGAUGUCGUUAUCCUUCUCAGAAUUCAUCAAAUUUCUAUGCUUCAGGACGCUGGAGCAUUGACAAUAAAGCUUUUCUGAUUCUGAUUCUGAGAAGAGGAGCAACAAUAAAAGAUCUAAAAUCAGAGUGAUUUUAGGUGAAGCCAACAACAGAUGGACCCAAAUAAAAAUUUUCACUUAUCGGCAGCAAACCUGGUGUCCCAAUGGCAGGAAACCUUGUUGUAUUGUUGCAACUACAACUUCCACACACUAGAUGGCAUGCUUGUGUUUUGUGUUCCAUACCCAACCUUUAAAAUGUGGAUUGAUUUAAUUAUUUUGUGUUUAACAAUAUGUUAUUUUUGUGUGUACAUGGACAGAAGCACAAUGACACUAUGGAUGAGAAUGCCAAAGAGAUUUAAGGAAUAGAAUUUAGAAAAAAAUGUUGAAUUUUUUUUUUUAUAAAAUUGAACUAUGUCAACAAGAUAUAUGUGGACUGAAACACCAAAAUGAAUUUAUGAACUGAGACAAAAAGAUCUUUAUUAUUUUUAUUGUUAAGAGAAAUGUAUAUUGCUUGAAGAAAAUACUAAUGAUAUUAUACUAAGAAGGAAGGUGUUCAGGAUUUUACAAUAAAAGUAAAAAUAUCAUAAAA